GAGACACGAGGACCAGCGCGAGCGGUCCCGGUGGGCUACCCUCCCCCUGCGGCGACCCCCCCCCUCGCUCUGACCGACUGGUCCCCUAAACGGUGGCGGCGGUUUUUGGUCGUUGGGCCCCGGGAUUUAGGACCAACAUUUGAAGACCCGAAGGGGUGAGGAGGGGAAAGGGGAAACGGGGUCACUACCAGACCACUGCUAACGGCUGGAUAGUGCCCGGCUCACUCUCACGCCGAAUACACAGUGGGGGCUGGCGGCGGUGGCUGCGGGGUUCACCCUCGUCCUUCCCCAGCCCCGUCGAGCAGUGGGAGGGCAAGUGUCCGAGACGGUGCUUCCCGCCCCGGCAGCAUCCGGCCAGAAGGCGCCCUCGCCGUCACCCAGGCGCUGCAUCGUGAGGGCCCAGCGGCCAGUCUCUUUAGGGCGUCUGGCGGCUUCUUCCGCCCCGCGGCGCCCUGCGCUCUCUGCUUUAUUUCCGCUCUCCCCCGCUGCCUUCCGGCCGCUUCCCACCUGUGCUGCAUUUCGUGUUAUUUUCCUGACACGCUUACGCCGACGACCAACGACCGCUGCAGGCCCGGGCCGCCGCCUGGCCGUUGUAGGGUCCGCGCGUCCCCUGGAGGCUUUGGACGCCGUCUGGGAACUGCAACCAUGAAUGAAGAAAAUAUAGAUGGAACAAAUGGAUGCAGUAAAGUUCGAACUGGUACUCAGAAUGAAGCAGCAUUACUUGCUUUGAUGGAAAAGACUGGUUACAACAUGGUUCAGGAAAAUGGACAAAGGAAAUUUGGCGGUCCUCCUCCAGGUUGGGAAGGUCCACCUCCACCUAGAGGCUGUGAAGUUUUUGUAGGAAAAAUACCUCGUGAUAUGUAUGAAGAUGAGUUAGUUCCUGUAUUUGAAAGAGCUGGGAAGAUAUAUGAAUUUCGACUUAUGAUGGAAUUUAGUGGUGAAAAUCGAGGUUAUGCUUUUGUGAUGUACACUACAAAAGAAGAAGCCCAAUUAGCCAUCAGAAUUCUUAAUAAUUAUGAAAUUCGACCAGGGAAGUUUAUUGGUGUGUGUGUAAGCCUGGAUAAUUGUAGAUUAUUUAUUGGAGCUAUUCCCAAGGAAAAGAAGAAAGAAGAAAUUUUAGAUGAAAUGAAGAAAGUUACAGAAGGAGUUGUAGAUGUCAUUGUUUAUCCAAGUGCAACUGAUAAGACCAAAAAUCGUGGUUUUGCAUUUGUGGAAUAUGAAUCUCACAGAGCUGCUGCUAUGGCAAGGAGGAAGCUAAUUCCAGGAACAUUCCAACUAUGGGGCCACACCAUUCAGGUAGAUUGGGCUGACCCAGAGAAAGAGGUGGAUGAGGAAACCAUGCAGAGAGUUAAAGUUCUUUAUGUAAGAAAUUUAAUGAUCUCAACUACAGAGGAAACAAUUAAAGCAGAAUUCAAUAAAUUUAAGCCUGGUGCAGUUGAACGGGUAAAGAAACUUAGAGAUUAUGCUUUUGUUCACUUUUUCAACCGAGAAGAUGCAGUGGCUGCCAUGUCUGUUAUGAAUGGAAAAUGCAUUGAUGGAGCAAGUAUUGAGGUAACACUAGCUAAACCAGUAAAUAAAGAAAACACUUGGAGACAGCAUCUUAACGGUCAGAUUAGUCCAAAUUCUGAAAAUCUGAUUGUGUUUGCUAACAAAGAAGAGAGCCACCCAAAAACUCUAGGCAAGCUGCCAACUCUUCCUGCUCGUCUCAAUGGUCAGCAUAGCCCAAGUCCGCCUGAAGUUGAAAGAUGCACUUACCCUUUUUAUCCUGGAACAAAGCUUACUCCAAUUAGUAUGUAUUCUUUAAAAUCCAAUCAUUUUAAUUCUGCAGUAAUGCAUUUGGAUUAUUACUGCAACAAAAAUAACUGGGCACCACCAGAAUAUUAUUUAUAUUCAACAACAAGUCAAGAUGGGAAAGUACUCUUGGUGUAUAAGAUAGUUAUUCCUGCUAUUGCAAAUGGAUCCCAGAGUUACUUCAUGCCAGACAAACUCUGUACUACGUUAGAAGAUGCAAAGGAACUGGCAGCCCAGUUUACAUUACUUCAUUUGGACAGGGAACACAAUCUCUUCAGCCUGGACCUGUGUAGAAGAAUUUGGAGAAAAUAAACAGGUCCUUUCUGAUGUUGCUUGAGCUUACUCUCCUGCAGUUGAUCUCAUUCCUGUUGGCUAAACAUUAAGUCCCAUGACAACAUUAAGUUAAUGCACCUAUGGUGUAGGCAUCAUUUAUAGUACCAGGACAGUAUUAUAGAAAAAAACCUUACCUGUACAUUAGAUGACCUAAUUUCUUUUCUUCCAUUCCUAGAAACACCGUAAUGUUUCUAAAUAAUAUUUUAUAGUCAUUGUCACACGCUUGGCUUAUUUUACACUAAAGAACAUAGUUGAGUUUUUGGAAGGUACAGGAUUUAAAAAUUUGGUCUGUAAUAUACACACACACCUAUAAAUGUUGCAGUUAAUGAAACAGGAAAUUAUUGAUGCAUAAGAUGAAUGUUUAUUGUGAAACAGCAGUAUUUCAAAUGUUAUUUUUUAAUAAUUUGGUUUAAUUGGAUAUUUUUCUGUACUAUAAGUUGAUAAUGGUUUUUUGAAGUAACUAUAAGUUGAUAAUGGUUUUUUGAAGUUUAUUUAAUAAAGGUGAUUCAUUAUACUGUUUUAUCAUACCAGUAGGACUUUUAAUGUUAAAUCAGUAUGUUGAGUUAGAUAAGUGUUUAUAUUAGUAUUUAAAUAAUGAAAUAUUGGCCAGCUAGUUUAUACCAAAUGUUUUUGCAGUCCAGGGGUGAAUGUUUCUGCUGGUUUGAUGCCUAAUACAGCUUCAAAGAAAAAAAAAAAAGCAAAUAUGAAUUCACUGUUUUUUAUCUUUUCUUCAUGGACUACCCCUUAGAACCAAAUUUAAAAGAAGCUUCUUUGUAGAGCAAGAGAAAUGAGACGUUCUCUUUUUCUAUAAUCAAAACUCCAAGAAAUAGUAGAUAUCCAAGAAUUCAUUCUGGUUAGAUCUCUGAAACAUUGCGUGAGUAAAGGAAAGGUAAUACUGACAAAAGUCUCAGGAUUUACAGUGCAGUGAAUGCUGAAAUAAUCUUUAACCAGCAAUAUAGUAUCAUCAAGAUUUCCAGUGUUAGAACAUUAUGUUAAAAUGUGAUUAUUGUUUAAUGCUUUGUCUCUUUAAAUUAAAUUUGUGUCCAUAAAGAUGUACAGCAUAAUUGUUCAUGUAUUUAUUUACAGACUACAAUUUCCAUCGCAGCUCAAUAAAUAGUCUUUCCCCUGUUAGUGCUACCCUCUCUUCCGGGACUCCCAGCGUGCUUCCUUAUACUUCAAGGCCUUAUUCUUAUCCAGGCUAUCCCUUGUCACCAACAAUAUCACUUGCUAAUGGCAGCCAUGUUGGACAGCGACUAUAUAUCUCCAAUCAGGCCUCAUUCUUCUGAAGAAAAUACUAACAUUAGUAUGAAAAUUUGUGUAAAUUUGUAGUAUGAAAACUUGCAAAUUAAAAUAUUGUUUUAUUUUAGAAUCGGGUUGGCAUAUUUGGUUUUAAAAAGAUAUUUAUUCCAAAGUACUAAACAUCAGCUAUAAUUCAGAAUAACAUGGAGUUGUAGAAUUUAUAAAAAUGCAAAGUUUAAAAAGUUAUUCAGUGGUUUCUCUUGAUAAAGGUACAGCAAACUACUAUUCUUUUUAAACUUCUAGGAUUUUCUUCUACUUCCUGAGUGGGCAAUAUAACCUAGUCAUUUAUGGGUUUUUUUGCAUAAUUUUACUAAAUAGUAUUUCACAAAUAUUAAAGCACUUGAAGAGAAUGGUUAUAGUAGAUUUGAUUACCAAGGAUCACUAUCUGUACUGGAGAUUAGAACAAUUAUAUGACCAGAAGCAUCUAACCAUUAUGUAAAAAGAAAUGAUGAGACAAAAAGAUUAAGAUACAAAUUUUGUGCAGUACUAAAGAAAAAGCAGUCUACCAUUGUGGUCCUUGAAAAUAACUAUAGAUAUUUUUGUUAUUUGUUAGACACAAAUUAUAAUUUUGUUGUUAAUGUAUUUAAGCAUUUUAUAGUUAUGCUUUAUUUGUGUUUUUGAUAUUCUUUGUAUUGUUAAUAACAAGUGUUAUGGGUUUUUAAUGUUGAAAUCAUGUGUUAAUUUUUGUACUUGAAUUCAAAUUUUUUGACAUUAAAUAUGUGAUGCUUCUAUUA